AAGCUUGUGGAGUGCGGGCCCCACCUCCCUGCAAUUGAUUUCCCCCGUUGCGUUGCAUCCUCAGUUCCUCACGCCGCCACCGCGACGCGCCGACGCCCAUACGCCGCCAUCGUCCUAUAAAGCAGCCGCCCACACGUUCCCAUCCACCCCCAUCCAUCCAUCCUCUCCGCGCGCUCUCGCUCGCCCUGCUACCUCCGCCCGCGGCUUCCUCUCCCACAAGAGCCAACUGUCGCCGUCGCCGGUGCCUGCCUAGUGCCGCCAGCCAGCCAGUGCUGUUCCCGCGUCCUGGGCAGCUUGCGUUGCCGUUGCGUGCGUUCCCGGCCACCACCACCUGGACUGGACUGGACGGUCGCUGUCGCCUCUCGCCUCGCCUGGCCCCGUCCCCACGUCCCGUUUUCGGUGUCGCUGUCUUUUGGGCUCUACCCGGGCCCGUCGCUCUCUCCCUACCUCCCUUUUCGCUUUCCCAACUCCUGCCUGCCCCGGCGCUCAGCACCGAAGCAAUCAUGGAGGCGCGCUGGGUUCGUUCCUGACCUCCGCCCGCCGCUGCCCUCCCCCGCCUCGUCGACAAAUCACGCCGCGCCUUUUCUUUUCUUUUCUUUUCUUUCUCAGUUUCAGGUGUUGUUUUGCCACUAGCUGCUGCCUGCCUGCUGCCGCCGCCUUUUUUCCGGCUUUCGCUUUUCCGCUCUCUGCACCAGCCUCACCCUCCCAACCGCGUCUCCGUCCGCUUUCUCUUCCGUCGGGGCCGGCCGCACCUCGGACCCAUCAGGUGCUGCUGUGCUGGGCGAGUUCUCCCCCCCUUCCUUGCUUUUGUCUGGCAUUCGCUCGCUCUAGUUUCGCGCAACCCGGCCGCCGCCGCCUCGGGUUUCUCGCCUGUGGCUUUGAGCCGAGAGGUUGGGGACUCGGUUUCCUUCCUGCUCUGAGUUGGGUUUCGCGCGGCUCGGACUUUGGCCGGCGGGCGAAUAAACCGGCCGGAUGCUUCUGGGCGCUGCGGCCGCGAGGAUGGAGGAGAAGCGUGUGAUCACGGGGAGGGAGCGGGACCAGUUCCCCGUCGGGAUGCGGGUCCUCGCGGUCGACGACGACCCCGUCUGCCUCAAGGUUCUCGAGACCCUGCUGCGGCGCUGCCAGUAUCAUGUAAUAACGACCAACCAGGCCAUCACCGCGCUGAAGCUGCUAAGGGAGAACAGGGACAUGUUCGAUCUGGUCAUCAGCGACGUGCACAUGCCCGACAUGGACGGAUUCAAGCUCCUUGAGCUUGUAGGGCUUGAGAUGGACCUACCUGUCAUCAUGUUGUCAGUGAACGGGGAGACGAAAUCCGUGAUGAAGGGGAUAACCCAUGGCGCCUGCGACUAUCUCCUGAAACCCGUCCGCAUCGAAGAGCUAAGGAACAUAUGGCAGCACGUCGUCAGGAGGAAGUUCAGCAAGCGAGAGCGCAGCAACCUUGACGUCUACAAAGAUUUCAACAGGCUGCCAGGCGCGGAUCCAUGCCACAGCCACGGCCACGGCCACGGCCAGACCACUGCCGGGGCUUCCGACCAGAGCGGGAGGAUCGGCAGGAAGAGGAAGGAAAUGCACAGCGACGAGGAGGACGACGGCGAGGAGAACGAUUUCCAGGAGGGCGACGAGCCCUCCGCGGCUAAGAAGCCGAGAGUCGUCUGGUCGAUUGAGCUGCACCGGAAAUUCGUCGCGGCCGUCAACCAGCUUGGGAUUGAUAAAGCUGUUCCGAAAAGGAUUCUUGAGCUUAUGAAUGUGGAGAAACUCACCAGGGAAAAUGUCGCGAGCCAUCUACAGAAAUACAGGCUCUAUCUGAAACGGUUAAGUGCUGUGGCAUCACAGCAAGCUAGCAUUGUCGCCGCAUUUGGAGGUAGAGACCCCUUUCUCCACAUGGGAGCCUUUGAAGGCCUUCAGAGCUACCAACCUUUCGCCCCCUGUGCUGCUCUAUCGUCCUUCAUCCCACACCACGGCUCGCUUGGUAGAACUACCGCGGCAGCAUUCGGGGUCCCGGAGCUUGCUCCUGCCAUCACAGUUCAAGCUGCUGCCAGCAAUGGCAUGAUAAGCCACUGUGCUGGCGACGCAAGCAAGUUUCAGCUCUCCGGUAUACAAGAAAACCAGCAACCAAAUCUGGGACAAGGCUCGGCCACCUCUCUUGGGCUGCCCCAGCUCCAACAGAAGUGGAUCCAGCAAGAAACUGGCGACUUGUCUGCUGUCUUCUCUGGGAGUGCACUGGCUAACACUCUGUCUGGUGCACUCCAGAGAGUUGCGAGCAGUCCAUUGCCACCGCAAGAACUUUUGGAGGGCGUACAAACCAAAGUUAGUGCCCAGCCACCAAUAACAAUGGCAUCUGUGAGUUCAGAACUUGUUGAGAGGACUGUUGGAGUUUCGGCUAAUUUGCAGGACUCCGGUAUAUCCCCGCAGGGCACUCUUCCAAUAAAUGAUGGAUUUACUGCUGACAAGUUACAGCUGCAAGAUCCAUUCGACAGCAAUGGUGGAACAAAUUUUUCAGUAAACAUGCCUGUUUGUCCCUCUGGUAGCCUUACAGCAUCCAGCAACGCCAAGGGUGGUGCUAGUUCGUGCAGUCCAGUGCUGCUCGCUCCUGAUACUGGGAGACAUUCAAACUACUUGCAGUUUGGAGUUGCAGGCAACUCUGGACAUGACAUGAACGAUAUUAAACAGGACCAUCUGCAUCAAGGAUUGAGCACUGGAGGUUUCAAUCACGAUUUUGGCACCUGUAUGACUGAACAAACAGAUCCAAAUGUGCCGUAUCUUAUGCCACAAAUGAAGCCUAACACCUUGUCAUCAGAGGAUAAACUGAAGCAGAGGAAUAUUUAUGAUUUGGGGAUUCCAAAGCUCCAUGGUGGUUUUAGCUCUAGUAGCUGCAAUUUUGAUGGUCUUCUCAAUUCCAUGAUCAAAGCGGAAAAGGAUGAUCUCUCAUUCACGGAUAGCGACCUGGGGUGCGACUUCUUUCCACUCGGUGCUUGCAUAUGAGACCUCUUAACAACCCCUCGUGCAGAUUGGCCCUCGACGGGAUGGGAUGGGACUACGGCCUACGGGAGAGGUUGUAAAGUACACUGCUUAGGAGCAUUGGCCAGUUUAUGCUGCCUAAUGUGUUACUAUGCUUGGUACUGUGCACACUAGAAAUGCUAGGGAUACAGGUAGCUACGGACAUGCCUUGUAAUCUACAUUUCCUCCUCUUCGAAUGGGAAAUGAAAGUGAUUAUGGUUAGGUAAAAAGGAGCAAGUAUAAUGCUCCAAAUUAACAUCAUCUUCAUCUUAAAAUUUUACCAAAUUUUGUUUCCAAGUGUCAUUAGCUCAAAACUAGACCAUUAGGUGCAUUGAUGACACGUAUAAUCGAAAAUAUUGUAAUA